CUGCUUGCUAGCUUGCAAUAAGUCCUGUUUAUGUAUGGAUUUUUUACAGACUGCGGUACGAUUUUGACAUCUUAUUUGGGGGAGAAUUCACCCCGAUGGUUCCUUCCCAUGUGUGACAAACUAAGCAGUCAAAGUGUCUAUCACGGCAAUCUUUCUCCAGUCGGACCCUAGUGCUUCAUCCCGCAGCAUGGAGCCCGACACACCCAACAGUAAACCACUUAGGAACAACACCCAGACUCCACCCAGUAACCACACACCCCAUCGGAGUGGGCGACACAGGGAUCGGUAUCGAGACCGAGACACAGAUGAAGAGAGUGAGAAGGGUCACCGUAGCCGACGCCGUCGGGAGCGGGACCAGGAGCCGCGGGGCGAAGACUACGAGGCUGACCGAUCUCAUCGGAGUCACAAUCGAAGCAGUCGCUCGGUAACGAUCCAACCUCCUCAAGCUCUCACCACGGACGAUGAAAGAGAUGAGGUUCUUGAGGUCGAAAUCCUGCCACAGGAUGACAACUGGGGCGACAACACCACCGCCAUCACCGGUACCUCGGAUCGCUCCUCCAUGGAAGACCUUACGCAGCUUGCCAAAAGCAUGGACAGUACCGGGUUCGAUUGCAGCCGCUACGUCGGCUACGUCUUAGCGGUGGUCAUCGGCCUGGCCGCGUUCUUAUCCCCGAUUGCCUUUGUUGUUCUCCCCAUCGUGAUGCAGAAUCGGUCCCCGUGCGGCACGGCGUGCGACGGCCUUUUCAUCAGCAUGGCGUUUAAGCUUUUGAUUCUACUCAUUGGGAGUUGGGCUCUGUUCUUCCGGAGACCCAAAGCGAGUUUUCCACGAGUCUUCAUAUUCCGUAUGAUCGUCAUGGGCUUGCUGCUAGUCUUGGUCGUCGCCUAUUGGUUGUUCUAUGGAGUUCGCGUAAUGCAACAAGAACAGGUUGAUUAUAAUGGUGUGGUAUUGUACGCCGUCUCGCUCGUGGACGCGUUGUUGUUUGUUCACUACAUCGCUGUGAUUCUUUUAGAGUUGCGCCAGCUUCAGCCGAUGUACGCCAUUAAAGUGGUGCGCUCGCCGGACGGCGCCAGUGAAUACUACACCGUUGGGAUGUUGAGCAUACAACGUUGCGCUGCGUGGGUCCUCGAACAUUAUUACCGCGAUUUCAAGAUCUUUAACCCACACCUCCUCCGAGUGCCGACGUCGAGAGUCGCCAAUAAAAUCUCCAACUUCAAGGUGUACGACGUGGACGGCGGACCCAACGAGUCUGUCACCAACCGCUCACGAGCGAUCAUGGCGGCGACGGCCCACCGUCGCGAUCAGAGUCGCAAUGAGCGCUUCUAUGAGAAGCAGGAGUACGAGCGACGCGUGAAGAAGCGCAGAGCUCGUCUGGAGCUAGCCGCCGAGGAAGCCUUCAAUCACAUCAAACGCCUUCAUGAGGACCAGAGUAUGAGUGCUCAUGUGAUGGACCCGACGGAAGCUGCUCAGGCUAUCUUCCCAUCAAUGGCCCGCUCGCUGCAGAAGUAUCUCCGCGUGACUCGCCAGCAACCGAGAUGGACUAUGGACGCCGUCAUUGGACACCUCACCAUGUGCAUCAGUUACAACCUCUCCCCUAAGGCAUUCCUAGAAGCAUUUUUCGAACCAGGGCCCACUAUCGUUCAGAGUGUACGCGAGGGCGUUGCCUCGCAACCAUGGGAGCUGGUUUCGGACACAUUGGUGUCCCGCCCCAUCAAAGAGGGCGGGACGUUUCAACUUCGGCAAGGGGAGGUGAUGCUGCAGGUAUAUGUGAUGAGGAUACCGCACUUGAAGUUCAAAGAGGAGGCGUACGACUAUAAGAACAAUAGGUUUGCCCUACGUCUCCAAUCGGAGACUUCAGUGUGAGAACUUCAGGUAAAACAAAAACUCAAAACACUUCUGGUUUCUUUCAGCGAGGCACCAACUUCCUGCUCGCUAUGCGAAGAAGCAGAUGAAAUUGUUAAUUGUACAGUUGUGAUGUAAAGUAGAUAAUAACAUUGCAAAUUGUUGAAAAGUACUGUGUCACAGAGAUGUGUGUUUUGCACCACGCUACCAGUCCAACAAAGUUUGGCGUUUUGUUUGUCAACACCGUCAUCAGUUUUUUUGUGAACAUCUACAGAAGUACCUUGUGGUUGCGUCAGCAGUGGAGAUUCUGUGCUCUAAAGAAUACAGACAGAGUCGAUGCGGCGAUACUUGUACAUUGUUGGUUCUUGGAAGAAAAACAAAAUUCAGUCCUCUUGUUUUCAACACUGUAUAACUGUCCUGUAAGCAUUUCACAGUUUCUUUUAGAAAAGACCGCAUUUAUCGUUCGUGCUGUGUCAGGGGUAAUUGGGAUGGUCACUGUGAUUCAUAUCAAAAUAGAGGGAGACAUUGAAGUUUUUUUUUAAUUCAAGAAAACUUACAGAUUAAAAACUGGUUCGUUUGAUAUUUACCGAACCGUAUCACACCAUUAAGUUCACCUGUUAACAGUUUCUCUCAGCCUCAUUACGUGUCCGAAUUGGCAGAUACGGCUACGGCUAAUGCUUAAUCACAAUGUCAUCAUGCAUUGAAGUAUAAGAUGUCCUUAGCAACAGCCUUAGCAACAGCUGUAGCCGCAGCCGCCAUUUCAGAUACAGCCUCAAAUUCAGGCCUGGGCUAGAUUUCACAAAGAGCUAAGACUGGUCUUAACUCAAGUUCUUAACUUGUCCUAAGUUAAGACUAGCUUUAAGUUUUGACUAACUCCUCGGGGCUAUCUUGGUGAAAUCAACCUUCGGAACUUCAUCUUUGAGAGGGCAUUCUCAUUUCGCCAAGGACACAAUAAACUUUUGUGGGGGGCGCCAAGGCAGAGGUGGUGGCCUGUGUGUAAUUCCAGGUUUAAAGCCAGCUAGCUUAAAGCUUAAAGCCAGCUAGCAAGUGUGUGUAUCGUCCGUGUCAGUGUAAACCAGUACUGAGCACUGACCUUUUGUAUUCUUCAUAGUAUGUUUAAUCGGCAUAUACAUGUAUAGGAAUAUGGCAUAAUAUGUAUAAAAAUAAUAACGAUAAUAAUAAUAAUAAUAGUGCGUGAAACAGUUGAGUAUGUACUAUGUGUCAGGAAACAGCUUUUACUCUCUUUUUUUUCUUUUUAGUUUUAGUUUUGUGGAGCAUUGUACAAUUAAAAAAAAGUGCACAUGGCUUGCUGAUAUUUAUCAUAAGAUUCGUAACUAGAUAUAUGUACAGAGAGAUGUCGAUUGUGAGUUGGGGUAACAUUGUGUACAACAUGCAAUCAACAGGGCCCAAUUUCAUGGCUCUGCUUACCGCCGAAUUCCGCGCUUACGAUCACGAUUCCCCAAUACGUGCAAGCGCCGGAUAUCUGCGCUAGCCUUGGUCGAAUGCCUUGAAAGCGUAGAAUGCCUAGUAACAUUCAGUACGCCCACGCAGAAGCCAAAAUUUGACGCUAAUCCGUGAAACACGCUUG